ACUUUCUCUUCCAAUUUGAUGUUAACCGCAAAACCCAUCUUAGGAGAAUAAAAUCUUCUCUCCCCCACCAGGUCUUAUCUCCUCUGGGCGAGAACCUCUUCCACAGAGCCAUUUCUGAAAGUAGUGUGGUCCUCACUACAAACGUGGCCAAGAAGAAUAUCCAGGCUAUUAAUGAAAUAAUUGCUACUCUUUCUGGGUGUAAUGACACCUCAUCAGCUGCCAUGGUUCAGUGUUUACGCCAGAAGACAGAAGGUGAGAUCUUGGAGAUCACAGAAAAACUGGACAAUAUCUCACUGUCCACUGUGAUUGAUGGAGAGUUGCUACAAAAGGCACCAGAAGAGAUCCUGGCUGAGAAGAGUUUCAACACUGUACCCUACAUAGUGGGCUUCAACAAGCAAGAGUUUGGCUGGAGCAUUCCAACUAUGAUGGGAGAUCUACACUCUGAAGACAAAAUGAAUGAGAAAAUGGCCAGUUUCUUCUUGAAGAGCUUCCACUCUAAACUUAACAUCUCUGAGAGUAUGAUUCCAGCAAUCACUGAGAAGUACUUAAAUGGAACAGAUGACCCUUCCAAAAAGAGAGACCGUCUUCUAGAAAUGUUUGGAGAUAUAUUUUUUGGCAUCCCAUCUGUGCUCAUGUCCCGUAGCCUCAGAGAUGCUGGAGUGCCCACCUUCAUGUAUGAGUUUCAAUAUCGCCCAAGCUUCGUGUCUGACAAGAGACCCCAGAUGAUUCAGGGAGAUCAUGGAGAUGAAAUCUUCUCUGUAUUUGAGACUCCAUUUUUAAAAGAUGGUGCCUCAGAAGAGGAGACUAACCUCAGCAAGAUGGUGAUGAAAUUCUGGGCCAACUUUGCUCGAAAUGGGAACCCUAAUGGGGAGGGACGGCCACACUGGCCAGAGUAUGAUCAGAUGGAAGGUUAUCUGCAGAUUGGUGCCACCACCCAGCAAGCCCAGAGACUGAAAGGGGAAGAAGUGGCUUUCUGGAAUGAGCUCCUGGCUAACAAUCCACCUCAGACGGAUCAUCCUGAACACACAGAACACACUGAACAUAAAUGA